UUAACUCCGCCACCUAUCGGUAGACGACAGUGUAACGUCCUGUUUCACAAAAAAAUCUCGAUGUUUGGAACUCCUGGAACCAAGAGACCUGCAGACUAUGGAUCGGGUUCACCAUCAUCAUGGACUCCUGAUGGCACACCUGGUGGGGAUAGGAAGAAGAAACGAAAAAGUAGAUGGGCACAGGAGAAUGAGAUUGAUAAGACCAUCAUACCGGGCAUGCCCACAGUAAUUCCAACUGGGCUGUCCGGUGACCAGGAGAAACAGUACCUUUUGCAUCUUCAAAUAGAGGAAGUUAGUCGUAGACUACGAACAGGAGACUUGGGCAUCUCAGCUAAUCCAGAAGAAAGGUCACCUUCUCCAGAGCCAAUCUAUAACAAUGAAGGCAAGAGACUAAACACCAGAGAAUAUAGGACCCGUAAAAAUCUAGAGGAGGAGAGACAUCGUCUAGUUCAGCAAGCCAUCGCCCUCAAUUGUGACUAUAAACCACCAGCAGAUUACAAGCCUCCAAUUAUUCGAGUGAAUGACAAAGUCAUGAUACCACAGGAUGAACAUCCUGAGAUCAACUUUGUGGGACUCCUUAUUGGACCAAGAGGAAACACUCUUAAAAAUUUAGAGAAAGAUACUGGAGCAAAAAUUAUCAUUCGAGGUAAAGGUUCAGUGAAAGAGGGAAAAAUAGGCAGAAAGGAUGGUCAACCAUUACCUGGUGAAGAUGAACCACUCCAUGCUUAUGUAACAGCUAACAAUCCAGAGAAUGUCAAAAAAGCAGUGGAGAAGAUCAAGGAAAUCAUACUUCAAGGUAUUGAGGUUCCUGAGGGACAAAAUGACUUGCGACGUCAGCAGCUUAGAGAACUGGCCCUACUAAAUGGAACUCUAAGAGAAAAUGAUGGCCUUGCGAAACUUAAACAGUUACAACAGGCCCAGAACAUCAUUACCAAUACCAUCAUAUGUUCAUUGUGUGGGGGCACUGGUCAUAUAGCACAGGACUGUAAAUCUAAAAAACCUGGUGACUCUUUCAAGAAUUAUCCACAGAAUGGAAACCCUGUGUCUCAAGCUGACAAAGCUAAAAUGGACAGCGAGUACAUGUCCCUGAUGGCCGAGUUAGGAGAGGGUCCACCUCCACCCAAGACUCAGACACAGCCCACCCCAGCAGUACAGUCCUUUAGACCCUCCUUUGGUCAGCCUCCUCCAAACCCUAUGGCAAUAAAUCCACCAUGGCAGCAGCAAGCUCGUCCACCACCACCACAAGUGGUGUCCAACAUCAGUCUCAGCACACCAGUACAGACAUCCCAGACUACCACCCAGCCACCUGUCAGUUACAAUAUACAGGGCGUACAGCCCCCAAUGGGAAUUUCAACAAGUAUUCAGCAACCAGUGGGCAUGCAGCAGUCUGGACACAUGCAUAUGCCGCCUGGACAGAUGCCAGCCCCUGUGGCACCACCCUCACAUUACACAUCAGCAGCAGGUCCAGUGCCACCUCCCUGGCAGUCAAACACAAUGGUAUCACAAAACAGUGCUAUGUCUUCUGCAGGAGGGGGUGUCCCACCUCCAUCUUUGCUGUCUGCGCCACCUCCACCACCACCAAGCAGCCAGCCUCCAGGAUCAUGGAUGCAGCAAGCCCAAGGUGUACCACCGCCACCCCCCAUAACAUCAGCCUCACCAUGGCAACCGGCACCACCUCCUCCAAACAGUAUGCCCCCUUGGCAAGCUCCACCACCAAUGCCAAGUGGUGUUGCACCUCCUCCACCACCCCCACCUGGCCAACAAGGGUACAAUCCCAUGGCAGUACCCCCACCUCCGCCUCCAGGAGGAAUUGAUAUGAAUACCCUAGGCAUGCUUGGGGCUCCACCACCUCCUCCUCCAAGCUGAGGAUGAUCUCUUCAUAAAAAUGGAAGUGCUGAAGAGUAAUAUGUUAUGCAAGACCUUAAAGUUAAAGAAAAAUGGAAAAACAGCCUUGUCAUUGACCUGAUUUUUUUUUUCUCAUGUAGAUUAUUUUUAAUUUUACUGGUUUAGUCUGAAGAAAAUCUUAUAUUAGGUAUACCAUUUUGUCUUUGAGUUUAUCAUGUGUACAUAUGGUUGGUUCAUUAAAUUAUUAUCUGUAUAUCUGAUAAUUUUUACAAAUCAAUUGUCUAGCUAUAGAAAUGAUUCUAAAUUUAUGAGGAUGGGUUCCUACAGUAAAAAUGGAUUUAAUUAUUAUGUCACCAUAUUGAUUUACAUAUAUCUGAUGCACAUGUGGAAUAAAUAUGUUUUUUUAAAAGACAAAAUGUU